UUCAACAUUUGUGAAGUGGCUGCCUCACCCGGUCGGACCGGAGGCCGUCUGGUCUCUGAUCUGGUCUCAGGAGUCAGCGGACCGCGCUCCGUCGGCGCCAGGCUGUGCGCUUCUCGGAUCACACCCGAGCCGCCAAGCGCUCUGGCGAUGGAGAUGAUGGAGGGAGACGUUAUGGACAAGCUGGAGGACAUGUCAUCGGUGUACGACUUCGACCCGAUCACCGGCAACAUCCCCGCUACCAAAGUGGAGAUCACCGUCUCCUGCAGAAAUCUGCUGGAUAAAGACACAUUCUCAAAGUCAGAUCCAUUGUGUGUUCUCUAUACGCAAGGUGUCGAAACCAAACAGUGGCGAGAGUUUGGCAGAACGGAGGUAAUAGACAACACCCUAAACCCCGACUUUGUUAGAAAGUACAUCUUGGACUACUUUUUUGAGGAAAAGCAGAACCUUCGCUUUGACUUGUAUGAUGUUGACUCCAAAAGCCCAGACCUGUCCAAACAUGACUUUUUGGGUCAGAUGUUCUGCACUCUUGGGGAGAUUGUUGGAUCACCAGCCAGUCGACUGGAGAAACCACUGGGAGGGAUCCCAGGGAAGAAAUGUGGCACCAUCAUCCUGUCUGCAGAGGAGCUGAGCAACUGUCGAGAUAGUGCCACGAUGCAGUUCUGUGCCAACAAGCUGGAUAAAAAGGACUUCUUUGGCAAGUCGGACCCUUUCAUGGUUUUCUACAGAAGCAACGAGGAUGGAACGUUCACUAUCUGCCACAAAACAGAGGUGGUGAAGAACACAUUAAAUCCAGUGUGGCAGCCUUUCACCAUCCCAGUACGAGCGCUCUGUAACGGAGACUAUGACAGAACAAUCAAGGUGGAGGUGUACGACUGGGAUCGGGAUGGGAGCCAUGACUUCAUUGGGGAUUUUACGACCAGCUACCGAGAGCUAGCUCGAGGGCAGAGCCAGUUCAAUGUGUAUGAGGUGAUUAAUACCAAGAAGAAAAUGAAGAAAAAGAAAUAUGUCAACUCGGGAACAGUGACCCUGCUCUCGUUCUCAGUGGAGUCAGAGUUCACAUUCUUAGACUACAUCAAAGGAGGGACGCAGAUCAAUUUCACUGUGGCCAUUGAUUUCACAGCAUCUAAUGGUAACCCCUCCCAGUCCACUUCACUGCACUACAUGAACCCCUACCAGCUGAAUGCCUAUGCCAUGGCACUGAAAGCUGUUGGGGAGAUCAUUCAGGACUAUGACAGCGACAAGAUGUUUCCCGCUUUAGGCUUUGGAGCCAAACUGCCGCCUGAUGGCCGGGUGUCACAUGAGUUCCCUCUGAAUGGAAAUAUGGAAAAUCCUUAUUGCAACGGCAUUGAAGGCAUAUUAGAGGCGUACCAUCAGAGUCUGAAGACAGUGCAGUUGUACGGGCCAACCAACUUCGCUCCUGUGGUGAAUCAUGUUGCCAGAUAUGCGGCGGCAGUGCAGGACGGUUCUCAGUACUUUGUGCUCCUCAUCAUCACGGACGGCGUCAUUUCAGACAUGGCCCAAACCAAAGAGGCCAUUGUAAAUGGGGCCAAGCUUCCCAUGUCCAUCAUCAUAGUUGGAGUGGGUCAGGCCGAGUUUGACGCUAUGGUGGAACUAGAUGGUGAUGACAUCAGGAUCUCAUCCCGAGGGAAGCUGGCAGAGAGAGACAUUGUGCAGUUUGUUCCCUUCAGAGAUUAUAUGGACCGGACUGGUAACCAUGUGUUAAGCAUGGCGCGGCUCGCUAAAGAUGUGCUGGCGGAAAUCCCCGACCAGUUCAUCUCUUACAUGAAGAGCCGGGGGAUCAAACCCAACCCGGCGCCUCCUCCCUACACGCCGCCCGGACACCAACACCACCACACCCAGAUCUGA